CAUGAAUCUGGGCUUCUUGGCUUCUUAUAUAUCUUCUGAAUUUCAUUUUUCUCUGCUUGAAAUUCGUCGAAAACUUACUGUCUCCUUCACAUAUAUAUCUCCUAAUUCCAUGUUAGAAUACCAAUUUUUUUGGCUGUUUGAUUUCCAUGGCAGCAGAAGCAACAACAAUGUCAGCCACAACUACGAAAGCAUCUAACGUCCGAAGCUCUGUUUGGCAACCUGGGUCUGAAUUACUGCAGGCCGCGAGGUCCACAGAUGAUCAAACAUGGAGGAUUACAGCUACAUCCAGACUUCUUCUUGAAAACCAGUUCAGAAGUAACAAUGAUCAAAUACAGAGUAGUUGCUCUGCAGAUAUAUUUUCGAACAUCUCAGAGACAUACUAUCCUCCUCUGCCUAAGCCCCUUAUGUUCUACGGACGAUGCAAUCAGGUGGUUCAACCUGAUAGAUGGCAUAAGACACUUCCGCCCUCAGAAACACUGCCCAGGAAUGAAGUCUUGGGCGGUUACAUUUUUGUUUGCAACAAUGAGACUAUGCAGGAUGAUCUCCGCCGCCAACUCUUCGGACUUCCCCACAAAUAUAAGGAUUCUGUUAGGGCAAUAACCCCGGGCUUGCCCCUCUUUCUUUAUAACUAUACCAGCCACCAAAUGCAUGGAGUGUAUCAGGCAGUGAGUUUUGGAGGUUCAAAUAUAGAUCCAACCGCAUGGGAAGACAAGAAAUGCAGGGGAGAAUCAAGAUUUCCAGCACAGGUGAGAAUUCGAAUCAAGAGGAAGUGCAAACCACUAGAAGAAGAUGCUUUCAGACCUAUACUGCACCAUUACGAUGGCCCGAAAUUCCGGCUACAGCUUUCUGUGCCUGAGGCGCUAGCGCUGUUGGACUUGUUCAAGGAGGAAGACAUGUAAAGCUAAAAGACGUGCUCAAAAAAGCUUGCAAGAGUAGAAAUGAAGCUUUUACAAGUAGCCUUGUUUUUAAUAAUCAGAAGAGAACUGGGAGAUACAACAGAGGCACAGAAGAAGAAAAAAUAUAAAUGGCAUAUGAUUUCACCAUAUGCGUAAAAUAUUAUUAAGUUAUAUUUGUGUAAUAUUUCGAUCAAAAGAGCAAUCUCUUUCUCCAUUUUUUACUAGUA